UACCGGUGUAGAACUAACUUAAUAGCGUCUAGGUGUACCGAUACACCUACCUUACGUUUAAGCUCCGUAUACUGGGUCCCCCUACCUUUUCGUAUCAACGUUAUUCUAGGAUCCCGGCGGUAUAAAACGACUAGAUAUCUCUUAUCUCUAGCACUUAAAUUUCUAGGGGCGCAUCCGGCGAUAUUAGUGAUAGUUUGGGGCCUUAACGUGCCGAACGCGUCUACUACCUCCUUCCGACUUAUACCACUUGCCCUGGCGGCUACAAUAGCGGCUCUAGCUUCUAGGCUAAAUUCGCAAUUCGCGCCGCGAUUACCGCUUAUUUCCAUAGCAAAAGCUCGAAAAUCCAUUACAAAUUAUAUUGUAAUAGCUAGUUGAAAUUAAUAGGCUGAUAUUGUUGUUAUUUCGAUUGCUAAAUUAGGGUGU